AAAGGCUGGGGCGCCGCACUCUACUCUAGCAGCAGAGCUAAUCUGAGUGACUGAGACGGGAAAGAGACGAGAGAUACGGCUGGGGACAGAGAAACCCGUCUGCACGGACAGAGGGACAGUCAGCCCGGACAGACACACAGACAAUCAACCGGGACAGCCUCACCGCCCAGACGGGGUUUGGACAAUCCUAGCCUAGCCGACAUGAUGUACCAGGGCUUCACCACCGACUAUGACGCGUCUUCUUCCCGCUGCAGCAGUGCUUCUCCGGCCGGGGAUAGCCUCACCUACUACACUUCCCCGGCUGAUUCCUUUUCCAGCAUGGGCUCGCCUGUCAACCAGCAGGAUUUCUGCACGGAUCUCACUGUCUCCAGUGCCAACUUCGUACCGACAGUGACUGCCAUCUCCACAAGUCCAGAUCUGCAAUGGCUGGUGCAGCCCACCUUAAUCUCUUCAGUGGCACCAUCCCAGAACCGGGCCCAUCCCUACGGGGUCCCUACUUCUCCAGCCAGCGCCUAUUCGAGGGCUGGCAUUGUCAAAAGUACAGGAGGCAGAGGGCAAAGCAUUGGCAGAAGGGGCAAAAUCGAACAGCUGUCCCCAGAGGAAGAGGAAAAGAGAAGGAUCAGGAGGGAAAGGAACAAGAUGGCAGCAGCUAAGUGCCGCAACCGGAGGAGAGAACUGACAGACACGCUGCAAGCGGAGACAGAUCAGCUGGAGGAGGAGAAGUCCACGCUGCAGACUGAGAUCGCUAACCUGCUGAAGGAGAAGGAGAAGCUCGAGUUCAUCCUGGCUGCGCACCGGCCAGCUUGCAAGAUCCCCGAGGAGCUGCAGUUCUCCGAGGAGCUCACUGUCUCCUCGCUGGACCUCAGCGGCCUGGGCGAGGCGCCUGUGCCCAGCCCCCCGGAGUCUGAGGAGGCCGCCUUCGCCCUGCCCAUGCUGCCGGAGGCCGCUCAGCCCGAGCCCCUCCCUGAGCCUCCCAAAGCAAGCAGCAGCCUGGAGCUGAAGCCCGAGCCCUUCGAUGAAUUUCUCUUCCCGCACUCGUCCCGAGAGACUGCCCGCUCCGUGCCCGACAUGGACCUGUCCGGCUCUUCAUCCUUCUACACGGCGGACUGGGAGCCCCUGGCGGCCGGGGCGUGCGGGGAGCUGGAGCCGCUCUGCACCCCGGUGGUGACCUGCACCCCCUGCCCCAGCACUUACACCUCUACUUUCGUCUUCACCUACCCCGAAGCCGACUCCUUCCCCAGCUGUGCAGCCGCGCACAGGAAGGGCAGUAGCAGCAACGAGCCCUCCUCCGACUCGCUCAGCUCCCCGACCCUGCUGGCCUUGUGAGGGGCCGCAGCUCCAGGGCACUGACUGCAGGGCGAGGGGCGAACACGGCGGAACCCGAGCCUCCUAGCUGCUGCUGCUGUGUGUGGGGGGCCUUUCACUGCAAAAGAUCCACCUUCUUCCUGGGGGGGUUCCCGGAGCGCUACACCCCAGACCUGGGGAGGGCAAAGCGUCUUUCUCCCCCUGGGCGAGCGUAGGCCGGUCCGGCUCUAAAGGACCCUGCGAAGUGAUCCGCAGCCAGGCCUCAGACCUCUUCCAGAGAUGUAGCAAAUAGCAUGGAGUUUGUCUUGUCCCCAGUGACCCAUCCAUGAGAGCUGGUAGUCUGUAGCAUGUCCAACAUGGCUGGGUUGGUGACUCCCCUUCCCUACUUAGUAUUCACUAGCAUUAAUUAAUCUCUUGGUUUAAUGAUUGGAAUUUAACCUGGUGCUGGGUAUCUCCAACUCGUAUCUAGUGCAGCUGAUUUAACAAUAACUACUGUGUUCCUGGCAAUAUCGUGUUCUGAUGACUUUAGCAAUGACCCAUCUUAACUGGGAAAAGAGACUAUAUCUUAUUUUCUAGUAGAUAGAGAUAAAUAGCUAUAUCCAUGUACUGUAGUUCUCCUACAUCAAUGUUCAUUGUAACUGUACUGAUCAUGCGUUGUUGAGGUGAUCUGGAUGUUCUGACAUAAGUUUUCCAUGAAAACGUUUUUAUUGUGUCUUUAAUUUAUUUAUUAAGAUGGAUUCUCAGAUAUUUAUAUUUUUAUUUUAUUUUUUUCUACCUUAAGGUCUUUUUGACAUGUGGAAAGUGAAUUUGGAUGAAACUUAAGCAUUGUUUGCUUAUUAUUGUUCAGAGACAUUGUCAAUAAAAGCAUUUAAGUUGAAUGCUA